CGAAAUUUCGCGUAGUGAUGCUUGCCUAUGUUGUGGUACCCGACUAACUACGUUAUAAAUAUGGCGACACAAUCACGGAACGGCGAAUGGGCGGACUUGUGAGAUGUUCCACUGUGCAAGGAAUCCUUGGUGUGAUGAAUGAGCUACAUUAAAUGUUCAUGCCACAGUCGUCACAUUGGUAGCGCCGGUAAUGAGUAACACUGAGUGGUAAACCACUACACGAGGCACUUCCUACAUGAUUUUCAUGCAGUGAUUCUGCAGGAGUAGACUUGGUUUCAGUAUCGGCUCAAUAUCACUUUAUGUGCAUAUUGCCAUUACCAGAGAGGUUCAUGUAGUUGCCCUUCUCUUGAAUCGGAUACACGUACAGUUAGUUACCUGAUGGCAAUGUGAGUCGAUUGUGUCUGAUGAGUGUACUUUUUUUUUGGAGUGGAUGAGACCGUUGUCUAGCAGUCAUGAGUGAUAGCCACCGCAUGCGUCCCAGCACGCCCAUGGGGGAGGUGGAGCACGCCAACAUUCUGUCUCAGGACAUUGGGAACCUCUUUGCUAACGAGGGCUACAGCGAUGUGACCCUGGUGGUGGAGGAUAAAUCCUUCCAUGCCCACCGGGUCAUCCUGGCCGCCAGGUGCCAGUAUUUCAGGGCCCUGCUGUUUGGUGGUAUGAGGGAAUCAGCCCCCGACUGCAGCGAGAUAGUGCUUCAAGAUACCACAGCCCAAGCCUUCGAGGCCCUCCUCAAGUACAUCUACACCGGCAGGAUAAACCUCCUGGACUUGAAGGAGGACACCCUCUUAGACGUGCUGGGGCUCGCCCACCAGUACGGCUUUGUGGACCUGGAAGGAUCCAUCUCGGAUUACCUGAGGGCCAUCCUUAGUAUUCACAAUGUGUGUCUGAUCUAUGACGUAGCCAGCUUGUACUCAUUGGAUUCACUGAAGGAGACUUGCUACCAGUAUAUGGACGCUAAUGCUCUAGAUGUGAUGAACAGUGAAUCAUUUCUGUCCCUGUCCGAGGGUGCUUUGAAAGAGGUGAUCUCCAGGGAUUCAUUCUAUGCAUCGGAAAUCGCAAUAUUCAAGGCGGUCCAGGCCUGGACCCUGGCCAACAAGGACAGCUCCUUCUGUGAGAUUGCCAAAGCCAUCCGUCUGCCGCUCAUGAACAUGAAGGAGCUUCUGAAUGUGGUACGGCCCACCAAACUCCUGAGCGCCGACGACAUCUUAGAUGCCAUCAAGGUCAAGCAGGAAAGCAGGAACGUGGACCUCAACUACAGGGGAUCACUAGUACUCAAUGAAAAUAUUGCUACAGCCAAAUACCACGCGUCUGUCAUCAAUGGAGAUAUGCGGGCUUCACUGCUGGAUGGGGACUGCAUGAACUAUGACCUUGACCGGGGUUUUACGAGGCAUCCCAUUGAGGACGUCCCAAAGCCUGAGGGAAUUGUGAUCAAACUGGGCAAGCCUUCAAUCAUUAACAAGAUCAGAUUACUACUGUGGGAUCGAGACAUGAGGUCUUAUUCCUACUACCUUGAGGCUUCCAUUGAUGAAACGGACUGGGUACGCAUCGUAGACCAUUCACACUACCUGUGUCGAUCAUGGCAGACAUUAUUUUUCCCUCCCAGAGUCUGCAGAUAUAUACGCAUUGUUGGCACACGCAACACAGUCAACAAGGUAUUCCAUAUUGUGUCCUUUGAGUGCAUGUUCACAGACAAGACGUUACCGCUAGAACAUGGCCUAAUAGUACCCAAGGAGAGUGUAGCCACUAUCCAAGCCAGUGCCAGUGUAAUUGAGGGCGUGAGCCGUAGCCGCAACGCCCUGCUGAACGGAGACACCAAGAACUAUGACUGGGACUCUGGCUACACCUGUCACCAGCUAGGCAGUGGCUCCAUCGUUGUACAGCUGGCCCAGCCGUAUAUCAUUGAUUCUAUGAGAAUGCUGCUGUGGGACUGUGACGCCAGGACGUAUAGCUAUUACGUGGAGAUAUCGACAGACCAGACCACCUGGGUCAAAGUAGCUGACAAGACCAAGGAGACAUGCAGGUCCUGGCAAUACCUCAAAUUCGCCAAGCAGGCUGUCACAUUUGUCAGAAUUGUCGGCACUCGGAACACAGCAAACGAAGUAUUCCACUGCGUUCAUUUUGAGUGCCCCGCCCAGUCGACGGACACACCCACGGGGAGCGAGGAAGGAGGAGCAAUGGCAGCUGGUGGGGACGGUCAACCUCAGGGACUGUCAGCCCAGCCGAGCUCCCCAGCGUCGUCUCUACAUAGGGGAUUACAUCAAGGUAUCUGAAGGAGGUGGACUACUAGUAUCUCAGGGGGAUGUCAACCAGUCUCAGAGUGGGGCAUGGCACUCAUUAACUAGGGGAUUGACACCCAGUAUCUGUGGGGGACAUGCAGUAAUCUUAAGGGGAAGACCCUAGUCUCUGAUGAGGGGAUGGCACCCAGUAUCCGAGAGGGGAUUCCCCCCCCCCCCCCCCUAUUCAUGAAGGUAUGGGGGUCUUCAAAGCCAAGUGCUUGUCUUGCAGUGAUUACACAGAUUAGAUUUUACCCCUUUUCAUUGUAUAGUUCACAUAAAUAGUGAUCGAGACCCGGACAGUGGGCUUGUUCAUGGGGAGUGGGGAAGGGGCUCUUUUGGUUUUGGAGACAGCCAGCCUUAGGGAGUGUCAGCAAAGCUAAGUUCACCAGUUUUGCUGCUACACAGGGGUUUACAUCAAGGUGACUAAAAAGGGGGGAGGGGGGGGGGGUU